GUAGCGUUUUCGAGGAAAGGAAGCCCUGACGCGCGAUGACUGGUCUUAGGCCUGAUUACCGUAUUAGUUUUCAAAGAGGGAAGGGACAGCACUGAGGGAUGGCUUCUUAUCCGCUUCAGCUUCCAUCCACCGCGAUUGACGGUCGCAGUCUGAAGCCGACUAGAGCACCGAAAACAUGUCGUUCCUUCAGAGCAGCAGGAUCGAGGAAUUUACUAACAUUGCGAAACGCAUCGCGGUUUCCGGUAAGACUGAUUAUAUCCCGGUUACAAUCUCCAGCCAAGGUGAACUCGUCAACCUUUCGUAUCUCCGCGUCAUCAUCGUCCAGUUCGGAUAAUAUCAUUCCUUCACAAGACGCCACGUCAUCAGAAACUGACACGUCAGCAUGGCCGGAACCGCCUGCUCUGGGAUUCGACUACCGGAAAGCCACGGCGGAUGCGACAUACCGCAUCGUCGGUCAGCGAUACCCGGAGCUGAUGGAUCUGGUCCGAAAGGGAGUGCUGGUAGUGGUUCAGCAACCAGCAGACGAUCACGAUGACAGUGCAGCCGCCGUUAACGAAUUUGCUGAAAACGAGUCAGCUCGUAUCAGGGAUGGAAUCUCCGAGCAGCAGGGAUCAUCGGUUGGUACAAUGUCGAAUCAGCCUGGUUCGGCUGGUAGAAGCAGCCUGUUGCCUCGCGAGAUCUUUAUUCUCGGCACGACGCAUGUCUCAGAAACGGCUGCUGAGGAUGCUAGGAGGGUGGUGCAAAGCGUUCAGCCGCAGAACGUGGUGGUGGAGCUCUGCAAGAGCAGAGCACCCAUAAUGUACGAUCCUGCACCCGAGCCCAAUCAGCCCUUGGCGCCGGGCUCUGCUGCCAGUGGUAGUGCCGGAACUGGCAGUGCUUCUGCCAGCAGUAGUAGCAGUGCUGCCGCUGGUCCUGCCCGCGAUCUAUUUCUCAUGGGAGGGGCCAGCCUUCCCCAGGCGCUCAUGCGCAGCAUUCAGCUCGGAGGUCAGUCCAGUCUGUUGCUCCGUCUGCUUCUCUCAUUUGUGUCUCGCCGGUCCGGCCAAGCAGCAGGCGUGCAGCCAGGCCAUGAGUUCCGAGCAGCAAGAGAGGCGGCAGAUGCUAUUGGUGCACAGCUGGUGCUAGGAGACCGACCCAUAGAGAUCACUUUGCGCCGUGCGUGGAAGGCACUCUCUCCAAUAGAUCGCACCCGCCUCGCCUCCGCUCUCUUCCAAGGCGGACUGAAGGGGGGCAAAAUGGAGCAGGGCGAGUUGAAAGGCGCCCUCCUAAAAGGGCGUGAUUCAAGUGUUAAGCGGAUGGGGGGGGACGGAACGGAGGGGGGAGAUGAGGAGGUGGAGUUUCUGUCGGCCGUUUUCCAGGAAGUUGCACGGCAGUUUCCGACGGUCAUCGGGCCAUUGGUGCAUGAGAGAGAUGCGUAUCUAGCGUGGGCCUUAAAGCGGAGCAAGGCUGUAAGAGGCUGUGACAGGGUUGUCGGUGUGGUGGGUAGAGGGCACUUGCCAGGCGUCGUGCAUUAUCUGCAGCAAGAUAAUCAGCAAAGAACACUGCGAUUCAAGCAGCUUGUGGGAGCAAGUGCAUCCGACGAAAAGGAUACAGGAAAAGGGGGCAUGGCUGUGCGUGUAGCUAGAAGGGUGGGAAUAGAAGUCGCUGUUGGUCUUGGGCUUUGGUGGGCGUUUUCAUUAAUUUCAUAAGUUCAUUCUUGAAGUAGGGAUAGUGGGGGUAGUUGGCUUUUUACCUCCCAUUCUCCGUCAGUGGAUGGCUCUCUAUGUACUAGUUGCUCAUUAUCGCACCAGCCAAUAUCGAUUCAUUGAUGUUUAUCCCGAUUCCCG